AUGCUUAGAUACGGAUUUUUACUCUUCCCUCUCUAUUGGUAUGUGCAAGGUACCCUAUACAUGGCGCUCUUCUCAAUUGGUCACGAUUGUGCUCACGCUAGUUUCAGCAUCUAUCCUUUACUCAACGAUGGCAUCGCACCAUUCGUUUGUUCAGGCACCAUAGUUUUCACAUGGAUAUUCAUUCCAUAUUAUCCGUGGAAGAUUACUCAUCAAAAUCAUCACAAGAAUACAGGUAAUAUGGACAAGGACGAAGGUUAUCAUCCAAAGCGUGGCGAAACAUGCGACACAAGUUGGACGAGUAAGGUCAUCUUGUGGACACCUGGUCUCGUAUGGUUCUAUUAUCUCACCUGUGGUGAUUCGUCACAUGGUGUUAAUCAUUUCAAUCCGUUUGAAUCAAUCUACGCUCAGCAUUUGAUCGGAGUCAGUCUUUCGCUCAGCGCGUAUGCAGCAAUGCUUUAUUUAAUGUUCAUCUAUGCAAUUCAUAUGAGUAUUAUCAAUUUAGUCGUUUAUCAUCUUAUUCCAGUAUUUGUCUUUGCAACAUAUCUAGUCAUUGUCACCCUGAAUGUUCCAUGGUUUAUCGACGACGAAUGGAACUAUGUCAAAGGACAGUUGUCAACUGUCGAUCGUCAUUAUGGUCAUGUUCAUUCAAUCAUUCAUUCAAUUGGCACACAUCAAAUUCAUCAUCUCUUUCCUAAAAUUCCUCAUUAUCAUCUAGAGGAAGCUACCGUCCACUUUCGCAAAGCCUUUCCGAACCUUGUUCGUGUUAAUUAUGAUCGAAUCUUGUCAUCAUUUGUGCGUAUGAGUAAAAAAUUUGCUCGACAACGAUACAUUGGGAACGACGUGUCUGUCUUCACAUACAGCAAUGAUCAAGACAACGAUUAA